ACUCAGCUUUAAAGAUAUGAUAUAAUAUAAUGUGAGUAGGGUUUAAAGAAAGUGGGGCCAACUUCGCAUGAAACAAUCAAUCAAUUCUCUUCCCUCCUUUUUUACCACUCUACGCCAUUCCCUUCUUUUCACACUCACUCCGCCACCUCCCACGCCGCUGCCACCGCCAAAAUCCCCCCCUUUUUUCCCACAAAAGCGAAAAACCCUAACCCCUCAAAUCUCAAAUGCCCCCCGCCGACGAGACCCUCCGCGCCAUCACUCUCCUCCUCGACCGCCUCCUCCCCGCCGCCCUCGCGGUCUCCUCCUUCGCCUCCCGCUGGCAAAUCAUCCGCCCCAAGCUCGCCGCCGCCAAAUCCCUCCUCGCCGAGAUCUCCGACUCCCCCCACUGGUCCGACAACCCCCUCCUCCUCACCCUCCUCCCCGCCCUCCUCUCCACCCUCCGCCGCGCCGAAACCCUCUCCCACCGCUGCUCCGACCCCUCCUUCUCCGGCGGGAAGCUCCUCAUGCAGUCCGACCUCGACAUGGCCGCUGGGUGGCUCUCCCGCCAAAUUAACGACCUCGAGCUACUCCUCCGCUCCGGCGUCCUCCACCAGUCCACCGCCAUCGUCCUCUCCCGCCCCGACGCCGCCUCCCCCAAGGAGGACCUCGCCUUCUUCGUCAGAGACCUCUUCACCAGGCUCCAGAUCGGCGGGAUCGAGUUCAAGCGGAAGGCGCUCGAUUCGCUGAUUCAACUCCUCUCCGACGACGACAAGUCCGCCGCCGUCGUCGCGAAGGAAGGGAACAUGAGCUGCCUGGUCUCUCUCCUCGAUCCGAACGCUCAUUUCUCGAUUCGAGAGCUCGCCGUGGUCGCCGUCUCGCUGAUUGUCUCCGCCGGCGAUUCGCCGCGGAAGUGCGUGUUCGAGGAAGGGGCUUUGGGUCCUCUGCUCCGAUUAAUUGAGUGCGGCACAAUGCCGAUGAAGGAAAGCGCCGCCAUGGCGGUUGAAUUCAUCACCGAUGACCCCGACAACGCGUGGGCGGUUUCUGCCUACGGCGGCGUUGCGAUUCUCAUCGAAUUGUGCAAAUCGGGCUCCGUCACAGCUCAAUCACACGCAGCCGGCGCAAUUAGGAAUGUUUCCUGCGUUGAAGAUAUCCGCAUUGCCCUAGCAGAAGAAGGCGCAAUCCCUAUUCUAAUGCAAUUGCUCGUUUCCGGCACUCCAUCGACGCAGGGGAAAGUUGCUAAUUGCAUAUCAAUUCUCGCGUCAACGGAUGAGAAAUUCCGAGGGCUUUUGUUGCAGGAGAAAGGAUUGCAGAGGCUGCUGCAGUUAUUCUGCGAUUGCUCGAGCUCUGAAACAAUGGAGCACGUUUUACGCGCAAUUUACUCGUUAUCCGUCUCGGAUUCCGGCUACAGAAUGCUAUCCGGAUCGACGGCGUUCAUUCUACAGAUUGCGGAGCUCGUGAAGCACGGCAAUGUGAUGCUGCAGCACAUCUCCGCCUCGUUGCUCGCGAAUUUGGCGAUCAGCGACGGCAACAAGAGGGCAAUCGCCGGAUGUAUGGGAUCUCUGGUGAAAUUGAUGGAGUCCUUGAAGCCUGACGGGAUGCAGGAGGUCGGGGCGAAGGCGCUGCUAUCGCUGCUGACGGUGAAUUCGAACAAGAAGGAGUUUGUGAGGGAUGAGAAGAGCUUGAUGAGGUUGGUGCAGAUGUUGGAUCCCAGAAAUGAGGUGGUUUCCAAGAAAUUCCCGGUGGCGGUAGUGGCGGCGCUCAUGGCCGGGGGAAGCCAGGGGUGCCGGAGGAGGCUCGUGGCUGCGGGUGCUCACGGGCACGUGCAGAGGCUGGCGGAGCUGGACGUGCCCGGGGCGAAGAAGGCUCUGCAGAGACUCUCUGCGAAUAGGCUAACCAGCAUUCUGACUAGGGCGUGGCGGGAAUGAAUCAAGAAAUCUAACCGUUUUUAAUCCAUUGAAAGAUUGAUGAUGGAGUCGGAGUCGAAGAAGGCCUCCUUCUGCAACAAACUGAAAUCGCGGUACGCCUCAAAGCUUAACUGAUGGUAGUUGUAUACUGUAAUAUAUGGAAGAAAUUGAAAAUUUGGAAGGAAAAAAAAAGAAAAAAAAAUGAAGAAGGGGGUUGUUUCUAAUUUUAUUUGACUAUGGCAUGGAUGCGGUUAUUAGGAGUAUCCUUGUUUUGAUUUUUUUUUUUCCUUUUACUCCCUAAAAUAUCAUUUUAUUUAUUUGAUAUGUGUAUUUGAGUGAAGCAGAGUGUGUUGUUUUCAAUUGUUUUCACUUUUCAGCUCUGUAAUUCCUUUGUUACUUCGUUUGUUAAUGUACAUUUCUUUUUUCACGUGUA